ACAAUUCCCAGCGCGCUGCUCGUCCAACUGAUUCAGGAACGCCUGGCUGAAGAGGAUUGCGUCAAGCGGUUGGAACUUUCUUGUAAUAGCCGCUUUUGAGUCUUCAUCCGCUAAUUCCAACAUCUGAGUUAUGUGGUGGUGACAUCUGUAUCUGCUCUCAUGGCUGGAUUCUGGAUGGCAUCCCCGAGACGCGUGAGCAGGCCCUGAGGAUCCAGACCCUGGGGAUCACUCCCAGACACGUCAUCGUGCUGAGUGCUCCAGACACGGUCCUGAUCGAGAGAAACCUGGGGAAGAGAAUCGACCCUCAAACUGGAGAGAUUUAUCACACCACCUUUGACUGGCCACCCGAAUCUGAAAUCCAGAACCGUCUGAUGGUGCCAGAGGAUAUCUCAGAGCUGGAGACGGCUCAGAAACUGCUGGAGUAUCAUAGGAACAUCGUCAGGGUCAUUCCCUCCUACCCCAAAAUCCUCAAAGUCAUCAGUGCUGACCAGCCAUGUGUGGACGUCUUCUACCAGGCUCUGACCUAUGUCCAAAGCAACCAUCGUACUAAUGCCCCGUUCACCCCAAGGGUGCUGCUGCUCGGGCCUGUGGGCAGUGGGAAAAGUCUGCAGGCCGCCCUCCUGGCCCAGAAAUACAGGCUUGUCAAUGUCUGCUGUGGGCAACUGCUGAAAGAGGCUGUGGCAGACAGGACCACGUUUGGCGAGCUCAUUCAGCCCUUUUUUGAAAAGGAGAUGGCAGUUCCUGACAGCCUCCUCAUGAAGGUGCUGAGCCAGCGCCUGGACCAGCAGGACUGCAUCCAGAAAGGCUGGGUGCUGCACGGCGUCCCACGGGACCUGGACCAGGCACACCUGCUGAACAGCCUGGGCUACAAUCCCAACAGGGUAUUUUUCCUGAAUGUGCCAUUUGAUUCCAUCAUGGAGCGGCUGACUCUGAGAAGAAUUGAUCCAGUCACUGGGGAGAGGUACCACCUCAUGUACAAGCCACCUCCCACCAUGGAGAUCCAGGCUCGCCUCCUGCAGAACCCGAAGGAUGCUGAAGAGCAGGUCAAGCUGAAAAUGGACCUGUUCUACAGGAACUCGGCCGACUUGGAGCAGCUCUAUGGGUCGGCCAUCACCCUCAACGGAGACCAGGACCCAUACACCGUCUUUGAAUACAUCGAGAGCGGCAUCAUUAAUCCCCUGCCCAAGAAAAUCCCCUGAUGGGUUCAGAGCCAGGAGCGCCGCCCCAGGGAAAGAGUUAAUCCCCUGCCCCCAGCCCCCCAACCUCUGCAAACUCCCCUAAAAAGCCAAUAAAGCGUGCUGGGUACAGUCUCA